CAUUGUUUUUUAUUAUCAACUCUGUUAGAUACUCAAGCUCCAGUGAUUCCAUAUUGGCGCCUGCCUGGUUUGGGCAUCAUUGUCUACCUGUUGAAACAGAGUGCUAAUGAUUUCUUCAGCUAUUACGACAGCCAUCGACGGAGUGUCAACAAGCUACAGAAUGUAGAGCAACUUCCACCAGAUGAGAUCAAAGAGUUGUGCCAGUCUGUGAUGCCUGUUGGUGUUGAGAAAAUCUCCACUGCCCAGAAAUAUGUUCUAGCAAGACGGCGUUUGGUGAAGUUGAUCAACAAUCGAGCCAAACUCCUUUCCCUUUGUUCUUUUAUCAUAGAGACCUGCCUAUUUAUUCUUUGGCGCCAUCUGGAGUACUACUUGCUACACUGCACGCCCACGGAUUCUCAGGAUUCCUUGUUUGCCUCCAGAACCUUAUUUAAAAGCAGAAGACUACAAGAUUCCUUCACUCCAGAAACCAACCUGGAUUUUAGAAGUGGACUGACUGGAGUGAGCCAACAUGACAUAGACCAGCUUCAGGCUGACGCCAUCAGCGCUUUUGGAGAAUCACUACAGAAGAAACUUCUGGACAUUGAAGGAUUAUACUCAAAAGUUCGAUCUCGCUAUAGUUUCAUACAAGCUCUUGUCAGACGUAUCCGAGGACUGCUGAGAAUAUCCAGGAACUGAGAGCCUGUGCUUACGCUCUUCUAGGGAAGAGAUGAAUUGGGGAGAACUGUCCCCUUUUUAUAGAUCAGUUUGUUUCUAAAUUAUGACCAAAAAAUAUUUUGCUAUUUCUUUCUUUAUAUAUGGACAUCUUUUCUGUAAAUUUCUUUGCCUGGUUCCAACCUCACUAGUAAAAAAAAAUAAAUACUUUUUAAAAAAA